GUUUCCGAUAGGAACAGACAUGAAAAAAAAAACAACCUCCCCGACAGUUGUUACCCUGCCUAGCAACGUACGUGUCACCCUGUCAGCUUGUUACCCUGCCUGGCAACGUGUCACCCUGCCUGUCAGCUGGUCUACACAUUUGCCACACGUUGCCUAGGCCGGAGUGACUAGAGUGCCGGCAUGCCAUAGCGCAUUCGAGAGUCCAGUGCCCAUAGGAGCCACCGCCUGUGCUGUUAGAACAAAAACCAGGUGGGUUCUCAUCUCUGACUGCACACCUCCAUCCAUCCAUCCAUCCUCUUUGAUCUCUUCCUGAUGAUACCAUCACCGCCGAUGCAGAAGAUGGGCAAGAACUGCGAGCGCUGCACGAAGUGGCAGGAGCAUUGCUACUGGAGCCACAUGGCUGACGAGAAGAAGCACCUCUUCAAGCUUAUGGUUGGGGACUUCGCCGAAACCAUGAGCGUACCUGGUAGGUUUGCAAAGAAGUUCGACGGGCACAUCUCUGAAGCCAUCAAUCUGAAGCCCCCCGGUGGCAAAUCUUGGAGCAUCAAAGUGGCCGGCGACACCGCCGGACUAGUCCUCCGGUCUGGGUGGAAGGAGUUUCUCGACGCCCACGGCAUCGAGGAAGGAGACGGCCUGCUCUUCAAAUACAGUGGAGCGUCCUCCUUUGACGUCCUCAUGUUCGACCCGACCGGCUGCCAGAAACCACCGUCUCCUCGGCCCGUCAAACGCCGUGGCUGUGAUGAUGACACAGAAGAGAACUCUGCCGGAGCUAAAGAUCGCCGAUGCGGCUACCAUGCUUCCAACAAAGAUGAAGAACGCGCGCCGCAUCCGCCACCGGCGGCGAACGGCGAUGGCGCUGGCCUGGAGUUGACACUGUACAGAGGCGCCGGCAAGAGCAUUGCCCUGGCAGGUGUUGGGAUGGACCAUGGAGAUGCACCUGCAAAUGCCAAGACUAGGUACUACUUCUGCAAGAAUGGGCCCGUGAGCGAGUUCCAUCUGACGGAGGAAGACAAGGAGGAGAUAUCGAGCAUCCCUGUCCCGGCCGAGCCAAGGAACCCGGUGUUCGUCAAUGUGAUGCACCCGAACCAUGUCUGCGCCGCCACCCGGACCAGCAUUGUGCGUGUCCCCCCAGAGUUUGCGGCUAGGCACCUGCAAACAAUUGGCAGAGAGAUCGUGCUACGGAGAGCCGGCGGGAAGGGGAGGUGGCAUGUCCGGUAUGCGGCCGGAGACCACUAUCGGGGCUUCUGCGGACGCGGGUGGCGCGACUUCGCCCGCGACAAUGGCCUCCUUGCACACGAUGUCUGCGUUUUUGAGUUCAUGGAGGGUGCGCGGCGACCGGCGGCCAACGUUCACCUCCUGCGGAGGCUGCAAGGCCGCUUCGUGCUGCUGCACUGAACCGGAUUUGUGCCUGUGUGAUCUCCCUGCCAAGGAACAGACUUGACGGGCCUCUUCUUCAUCAUAGCAAUGCAAGAACUUCUGUACUCUACCCUUAGAACUUGCAGCUCUAUCUGAUAAGAAACGCUGGUAGUACGAGCUUAUCCCAGUAACCGUGAUGUAUCUCCUAGUACUC